CGGAUCUUCCGUAACGGGAAAGGCGGCCAUGGCAUCGGGCGGGGAGGAGGGCUGUGAGCAUUACCGGCGUGGCUGUCUGCUGCGGGCGCCGUGCUGCGGGAAGCUGUACUCCUGCCGGCUGUGCCACGACGGCACCGAGAACCACCAACUGGACCGGUUCCUCGUCGCCGAGGUGCAGUGUACCCGCUGCCGCCUGCUGCAGAAGGCUCAGCAGAGCUGCGAGGGUUGCGGUAGCCUCUUCGGCGAGUACUACUGCGAUAUUUGCCACCUCUUCGACCGCGACAAGAAGCAGUACCACUGCGAGGAGUGCGGGAUCUGCCGGAUCGGCCCCAAGGAGGAUUUUUUCCACUGUUCAAAAUGUAAUAUGUGCCUCCGCUUGGGUCUUCGAGGAAAGCACAAGUGUAUUGAAAACGUCUCCAGGCAGGACUGCCCAAUAUGUUUAGAGGAUAUUCACACCUCUCGUAUUGGAGCUCAUGUUCUGCCAUGUGGUCACCUUCUUCACAGAACCUGUUACGAGGACAUGCUCAAGGGAGAUUACAGGUGCCCUUUGUGCAUGCGCUCGAUGUUAGAUAUGACAAGGGAGUGGCGUCAGCUGGAUGACAAAGUGGCACAGACUCCCAUGCCCACAGAGUAUCAGAACAGGAUGGUGGAGAUCCUUUGCAAUGACUGCAGUGCCCGCUCCACAGUACAGUUCCAUUUCCUGGGCAUGAAGUGCCAAAACUGUGACUCCUACAACACUGCCCAAGAUGGAAAAUGACACUUUGGAGGAGCAGUGACCGAGCUGCACGCUGCGUUCCGCUGGACCAGGAGGACUCUGCCUUGGGAAAGAGAGUUGCCUAUUUCAAAAAAAACCUUGCUUGUCAGGAAAAAAAACUUUACUCAAAGUUCACACCAGUGAAACGAUGACAAGAUUUAAUUAAUGCUGGUGCUAAUUAUGCCCCCCCCUCCCUAGGGGGCCGUGCAGCCAGGCCCCUCAGGAAAUUCCCAGUCGAGCAGCGUGAUGCCCUGUGCCAGGUUAGUGUCUGGAGAGAGACCCUUGAGAGCCACUUACUGUGUCAGAGAGAGAGAGAGACAGCCCAGAGAAAUAACUAGUGAGGUGCAAAAUGAGAAAUGCCGUGCAGCUGACACAGCAGAAGAUGGUUUUGGGGCAGCUGAAGGUUGUGGGAGCAGGACAGGAGGUGGAGGUACAGCUUAUUCUGGUUGCAGCUGUUGUGGAAAACGGGGAGUUUUGAGAGUGGCCUUUUUAGAGAGAGCUGACAUCUGCAGAGUGGGACACGAGGAACGUUUUGUUCCUUUUCAACAACGUGUUUGUUCUAGGGCCUCAGAGGCGAGUGGCUGAAAGGGUGAGCUUGCAGAAAUUGUGUCCUUUUGGCUUGAUUUGUUGACACGUGCAUGCAUACAGAAUUCCUUUGGAAACCAGGCUGCCCUGCCUGCUUAUGUUUUUACAUUGGGUUUUUCCAGCCUUAAAAACAAGCUGCAGGGCCACCCUUCUCCCCACACACCCAUCUGACCCUCUGUCUCCUGGCUUAGGCUCCUUUGCCAGCUGUGGUCACGUUUACUUCUAUUUCUUCCUCACUAUUCACUGACAGAGGCCGAGGUGUCUGAGGGUUUUAGGACUCAUCUGUAGCUCCCUGUUUUGAUGGUUAAGUGCACUGAGUGAGGCACAGACCAUUGUCUUGUCAGGUUUGACAUGGAGCCAACUCAUCAGGCUGAGCCUGAGACAUUUUGCUAAAGCAACCACGGUGCAGGGACCAAUUUUCUGCAGUUUUGGGUUGGUUUUUUUAAUGGUUUAUGGUUUCUUUAGGAAAAGAGAAUGGAGGAUGGAAAAGUUUUUUUAAAAAAAAAAAACAACAAACCCACAACCUGAGAAACCUUCACACGUUUCAUUGUGUAAUAUCCUACCCAAGGAGUUUUGCAGUUUAAAUACUACAGAAGGUUCUUGGUUUCUGGGAAUUUCAGAGGAUGGAAAUGGUGUUCAAUAAUAAAAUCUAUUUGAAAAGCCC